AUGCCUGAUAUAAUUUUUAUGAUCUUGCAGAUGGUCUAUACUGCAAUUUCCACAGAAAAUUCCGGUAGACUCGGUGCUUUUGCUGGACUAGCCACAACAUCCUCGACCAUCUCUGAGGUUGUACUUCAGCUUCUAUGGAAACAGCUGCCUUCAGUGGAACCUCUCAUCCAUCUUCUCCCAGAGGAUCUUAUUUACAACCACCAAAAUUCUAAUGGUGGAUUUGAGUUGCUGAUGCUUGAAAUAGAGGUUUCUCAGGACAUUCAAGCCUUCAGAUCUGGCAAGGUUCUAUUCAUAUGCACACAGAGUCAAAACCAUCUGUCCGGAGAAAAAAGCAUUGAGAUCCCCAUACAAGCAUGUUUUUCAGAGCCUGUUGGCUUUGCAUGGCCGAAUCAGAUCUUUGGAUUCUUUUCUGCCAUCUCUCAGCCAUGUGGAGCUGAAACACAAGAGAGACUGCCUAAUCCAAUGUCUGGACAGGCUGCUACAUCCAGGACUGACUACCCUGAUACUUCCGCCUCAUAUGCUCUUUCCUCCCAACAUCCAGAAUUUAUUGCCACGUCUGCAAAAUCUGCAUCUUUAUGCCAGCUCACCGUCCUAACCCUUGUCAUCAUCCCUGGAUCAUCAUCCAUGAAGCAGACCUCUCACAUUCCAAAUCAUUACAUCCGCACCAAGGUUCUCAGCAUCCAGGUAGAACCUGAUGAGCGUCCUCCAACACUUGAUCAGCCAAUGGCCACAUCCGCCGACAUAGGAUUUCCAGCCAUUAUAUCUCUGUUCUCUAAUCACCCCAUCACCAUGCAAGGACUGAGCAUCAAUGUACACCAGGAAUACUGCUCAGCAGAUGCUAUCCUGCAUUUCUUUGAUGCUCUUAUAUCUCUCAGGCCAACUGAUGAUGAUGAGGAUGCAUUGCCAGCUUGGGAGGAUCUGGUAGGGUUAAGAUUGAAGAUGCCAUGGAAAGAAGAAUUUUUUGUCUUGGAUGAGAGCAUUCUUCAGAUUCCACGUGAUGGCUUGGCUGCUUUGCAUGCUCUGGUCUAUUUGACUGCUCUAGAGCUGGGGGACUUGGGCACUUGUAGGAUUGAUGAUGAUGCCUUGCUGAAUUUGGCCCUCAGUUUACCGUAUCUUCAACAUCUCUUCUUGGGCACAAGGCAAUUUUGGGAAGAAGCUCCAAGGGCCACUCUAUGGGGGAUCUCGCACAUCCUGUCCCACUGUCAUAGUUUGCAGAAGCUGGGUCUGCUGUUCUACUGUGGCUUGGGACAACAUAUUCUUGAAUCUGCUGCUAGAAACAACCUCAUCACAACACUACAUGUUGGAUUCUCUCCGCCGCACAGUUCUGUUACUGUGGCAGCAUUUUUUGCUCAUUCUCUGCCUAACCUGAACUCCAUCAUGGUGGAGCCUAGAGAAUCUCAUAGCAAACAUGCUCACAGCCGUACAGAUCUGACUCUUCCUGAUCGUGAUGCCAGAAUUCAGGAAUGGGACAGGAUUUUAGAGUUGACUAGAGAGUUUGUGGAACUUUGA